AUGAAAUAUUUAACAAUUUGUUUUGUACUUGCUAUUAUCAGUUAUUUAUUUGUUUUACAAACAAAUGCAUUUUUUACUGGUGGUGGCGACGCCAAAAAGAAAGAAAUUAAAGGGCAGUGCAGUUUAUACAAAGGCAAAUGUGGUGGUACACUUAGUAAUACAUGCUGUAAACUACCAUAUAAAUGUGCAAAACAAACAAAAGUUUGUGGAAAAGAUAAAUUAUGUUGUGUAUCGGAAGCUGAUAUUCAACGUCAAAAACAAGAAUCUACUAACAUUGUUAAAGGUCGUAAUGGUUAA